ACGACCAAAAUCAACAGUGUGACCGCAUGACAGGUGUUUCAACAACAUUUGACAACUGCAAUGUUGAAAUGACAGCACACAACUAAAAUCGAUAAUUGAAAAAGACUUGCGCAUUAGACGUCCAAGAAUGGUGAAAAGAGCAGAUAAAAAUUUUUGCAGCGCACUGCAAACGAUGCACAUAAAAUAGUUUUGCAUAGGAAAAGUCUUUGAAAAAUUAUAUUGAAGAGCUAAAAAAUAUAUUCAAACUUAAUAACUAAAUUUAAACGUUUAAUAAUUAGUGGGAGAGUGUUAAAUCUGAGUGGCAAAUCUGAAAUCUGUGGCUGUAAAACUGGGCAGCAGCCAGACAUGUAAAAGUUGUGAAAAAAUCGCAAAGUGAAAAAUCGAAAUUGUCGAACGAUAUAUUAAGGUACUACAUACUUGAAAAAAGGGAGUGGAAAAUGCAGAACGUAAAUUACUUUUUUAAAAAUUUCAUAGCAAACCAAUAAAUGGGCGAAAAUUUAAGCUGUUUUUCUUGAGCAGCGGUUGGGCAGCAAAAGAGUGGUUGACAUUGCUACUCCUUUAUCGAUUAAAACACGAAAGGUGCUGAUGACUAUUUAAACGGUAAUAGCGGAUAGCUUUAGUAAAAAAGCAAAAACAAAAAAAAAACGGUACUAAGACCAAAACUAAAACAUAUAACAACAAAUAACUCUCAAUUCGAAAAAAAAGAAAAAUCAGAUUUCUGCACUAAACGGUUAAAAGUUAAAAGACUAAAAAAAAGAAGAAAAUCAUCAAAUAUAUUCCAUCAGAUAAACAAUAGAAUAACCCCUUUCCUUAAUAUUUGAAAGCCAGCACGGCACAUUGCAUGAAAAAAUCUGCCUUCGUGCGCCGCUAAGUAGACUAUACUUAAAUAUUUGCUUUUGUGCUCAGUGCCAAGGUACAUAUCAAAACAACAAACAAAAUUACAGCAAAAACAACAACUACUUGUUACUCUUCAUUAUCAAAUAGACGACGACGACUUGUACACCUUGAAAGUGCAUAUACAUACAUACAUACAUAUAUAACUGUUAAAUAGCGGAAAUGGAAUCCGCACAAGCCACAACUUAUGAACCGCUCGAAGGUCGUGGCGCCGGCAUCCGCCAUGAGCCCAUGGAUAGUCCAGAGGCGGAUGUACGCACACCCAAAGAUCACAAACAUGCAGUGUACUUGGCAUUGCUGGCAGCUGGUAUUGGCUUUGUGUUGCCAUAUAAUAGCUUCAUCAUCGCCGCCGAUUAUUGGCAAGCACGUUUCCCCGGACGCUCAGUGGCACUGGAUAUGUCUAUGACAUAUAUAAUUGUCGCAUUUGCUACCGUUUUGCUCAAUAAUGUUUUUCUAUCAUUGGCACCAUUUCGUGUGCGUGUCCUUUUCGGUUAUGUGGUGUCCUUUACUACGCUCAUCUUUGUGGCUGUGUGUGAGGUGGCCUUUCAUAUGUUUGCUGCCAAUACAGCAUAUUCGGUAAAUUUGGCUGCUGUAUCGCUGGUGGCCAUCGGUUGCACAGUGCAACAAUCGAGUUUCUACGGCUUUGCCAGCAUGUUGCCCAAGCAAUAUACCCAAGCUGUUAUGGCUGGCGAGAGCAUUGCCGGCUUUUUGGUAUCCUCCAAUCGUGUGGUCACUAAGUUGCUUAUUCAAAACGACCGUGUGUCGACAGUGAUCUUCUUUCUCACCUCAACCCUCUACAUACUCUUCAGCUAUGUGCUGCAUCUAGCAACCAUACACUCGCCAUUUGUGCGAUACCACAUGAAGGCAUGCGCCAAGAUUGUACUCAGGCCUGACGAAGAUCGAUUGGUAAGUAAUUUUUUUGAUUUCGAAUAUUUUUUGCAUGCAUUAAUUUCUUACCCUAUCUUUCCCUCACAGCAAAAUGACCUUGACGGCGGUACGCCCAUCGCCAAGUAUGGCGUACUCACGCUUGAACCCACUUCACCACCAGCGAAUGCUGCUAAUAACACCACAGGCGCGCUAAGUUUCAGUAACCCGGUUUAUGAGCUAUCCAAUCCCACGGCUGGUGAGAGUGUCAUCGAGGGUCUCAAUAGCUUACCCGAUAUGCCGAGCACACCACAGGAACCCACCACGCCAACUACGGUCGCUUUCAAGGUGGAGCAUGUGCUUACACCGGGCACUUGUACGCCCGGCAAGUUAAGCGAUUUGAAAAACGGCUUCGUUUCACGCUGGACUGUCGCACAGGCAAUUUACCCCUACAUGGUCUGCAUCGCACUCGCCUACUGCGUCACGCUCUCUCUAUAUCCGGGCAUCGAAUCCGAGAUCAUUUCUUGCAGUCUGGGCACUUGGUUACCGGUAUUGCUAAUGUUCACCUUCAAUACAGCUGAUGUGAUUGGCAAGAUACUCGCCGCAGUGCCAUAUCCAUGGUCACGGCGUCAGCUUAUCCUAAUGUCCGGUCUGCGCAUCGUUUUGGUACCGCUGCUUUUGCUGUGCUGCGCACCAAGGCAUCAACCAGUCAUUUCGGGCGAGACUGCAGCAUUUGUCUUCACAAUCGGAUUGGGCGUCAGUAAUGGGCUCGCUGGCAGUCUUCCAAUGAUGCUCGCACCAGCCAAGGUGCCUGGCACCCUCAAAGAGGUGACCGGUAACAUGAUGACACUCUCCUACAAUGUCGGGCUGACAACUGGUUCACUAAUCGGCUAUGUUUUCGAAUCUAUGUUGGGCGCGCAGCUCACCAAUCCCUGUCCGACCUAUCCCUAUGCACCGGCCUCAAUGUUGGAUCCAACAGGCGCGCAUGCGCAAUUUCUCAGCACCACAACCAGCACAACAAGUACCGCAGCGCCAGUGUUGAAUACAACAGCCGUCGCUGCGGCGUUACUCACCACCACAGUUUCGACGCUCUUGCCCACCACCGAGGCAAGUACAACUGCGCUGGCGGCAACAGCAGCGGCGGCUGCAACAACCACAGUUGCGGCGGCUGCAACAACCACAGUUGCGGCAGCAGUGAGCACAACUAGCACUUCGGUGGCGCCACUGCUACCGACACUGAUGACGCCGACAGCCACAGCGUUCAUCACCUCGACGGCGGCGACGAUCUUGAGUUCGGUGGCGGGUACGAUCGAUAAUGUGGUCUCGGCUAUGGUGAGUACUGUCUCAUCGAUGGGUCUGGACCUGAGCGGCGAUGCGAGCAUAAGCACCACAGAUCCGCAGACGCCAAAUGAGCUGAUGCAGAGGAUUUAAAUGAGGAAAAAAGGAGUUGGAAGGCAGAGAAUGAGUGAAUACGGAACGGGUUUUACUAAGUCAAACAACGCUGAAAGGAUUGGCCGAGUUUUUAAUGAGUCUGUCCUUUAAGAAGAAGGAGCACAUAUUUUUCUUCUUACGAAGCAAGUGUUUUCUAAAAAUUUUGUAAAUAGCUGAUUUCGAUAGAAAAGCACAAGGUGUUUAGUAUAUAUUAGGACGAGUGGCGGCGCGCUUUUUCGUUAACUACAUAGACCUCGCUAUGUGUGCAUGACUGAAGUGAAGGUGGCCGGAUUUAUAAAAAUUAUCGCAUUACUUAAAUUUACAAACAAAAAAAA